AUGGCGGCCCCCCGAAGUGCAGCGUUUGCGGAGGAGAGUGCAGAAGUGGAAGUCCUAAUAGCUUCGCUGGCGAAGACCAAGGACUUGACCAAGCGGAUCGCGGCCAGUCUGGCACGGUUGGACGUCAGCGGCAAGAUUGUCAAAGAGGCCAUCGGACCAAUCUACAGCAACACGCAACAACUGCAAGUCACCAGUCGGAAUAUCGAAAAGGUCAAUGAGGCCAUUGAAAGACUCCGGCAGCCACUCGACGCGCGUGGGCGAGAAGAAGGGAUCAUCCGGGCCGGCCCCAAAAGCUCGGGGCUGCCGCAGUAUCUGGGUGCAUUGCGACGUGUCGACAAGGCUUUGACCGACUUGAGUUCGACCAACCUGAGGUCCAACCAGCAAGCGAUAUCUGAGUUCCACAACCUGCUCUUGACGGGCGUCAACCAGCUGAACGAUACGUAUCGGCAGAUGCUCCAAGAGAAUGCUCAACCGAUCGAGCCUCUCCAUUACAUUACCAAACAAGUACCGUUCCCCACCAUACCCCAGGACAAGGUCCAAUAUCUCAGCCAGAUGGCGAGUGCAAUUGCCGCCGCCGGAGCCCAGUCGGCCCGGUUGGGCCAGCGUGACGAGGAUGCCGCCGCGCGGAUCUACGCCGAGAUCAGAGGAGACUACCUCCAAAGCAGCCUUCAAAAUCUAGCCACUGCGUCCAUCAGCACUUCGAGACGGCGGGAAAAUGAUUCGGCCGUGUACCGUGAAGGCUCGAGUGGGAUCGGCCCGUACGCCAACGCGAUGGAAGCCAUGUUCCUUGCCGAAGCGGAGAAUACGUCUCGAAUCUUCCGCAACGACGCCGGCAAAGUGCUGUCGAUGACCUGCGCCAAAGCCCUGUCCACCUUCACACGCACCCUGUCGGAGCUGAACAGCGUGAUCAAAUCGCGCAUCCUGACCGACUGUUUCCUUGCAUAUGAGAUUCUCGACCUCGUCACUCCGCUGAGCUACCGACUCGAAUCACGCACUGGACAACUGAGGCCUCAGAUGGCCGAGGCGCUUCGGCCGGUGCGCGAAACCGCGCGCUCCUCGCUGAGCGAGCUGAUCAACCAGACCAAAAAACAGGCCGAGGCAAUCACCACCCUCCCACCCGACGGGAACACGGUCCCACUCGUUUCGCAAACCGCGCAACGUCUGCAGAACCUGGCCACGUUCGACCGGCCGCUUCUCGUGCUGCUGGCGUCGAUUGGCGACGGCAAAUGGCGGUCCACGCCAGGAGCCAUGUCCUCUCAAUCCAGCCUCAACCUCGAACUCACUCCUUCGACCGAGAACCCAACGCUCCUGUCCAAAUACCUGCUCGACAUCGUGGACACGCUCCUCACCGCCCUCAACGCCCGGUCAGGGAGCAUCCACUCAAAGAAAUCGCUGCAGGGCAUCUUCCAACUCAACAGCGUCGCCGUCCUGAUGCGCGCCGUCCAGUCCUCGCCCGAUCUGACCCGCUACUUGGGCAUCAAUCCACACAACGCCAAGCUCGACAUGUUCCGCAAGUCCGGCUCGUCGCUGUACCUCUCCGCCUGGCGCGACCCGUCGACCUAUCUGAUGGAUACUAUCCACACGUCGGGCGCGGCCCGGCCGCUUUCCGGCCAAGCCAUCGACAGCUCGAGCAUCAUCAAAUCGCUGUCUUCCAAGGACAAGGACAAGAUCAAGGAGAAAUUCAAGCUCUUCAACGCCAGCUUCGACGAGCUGGUCGUGCGGCAUAAGUCGCUGCACAUGGAAAAUGAGGUCCGCAGCUCCAUGAGCCGCGAGAUCCAGGCCAUGAUCGAACCCAUGUAUGCGCGCUUCUGGGAUCGCUAUCACGAGGUCGAUAAAGGGAAGGGUAAGGUUGUCAAGUACUCCAAGGGUGAGCUGUCGGCGAUGCUGGCGAGCCUGUGA